AUGUUCGACGCCUUUCGCAACUCGCUAUACCACCUCUCCGACUAUCUGCACGCCUUUGCCGCGCACAUCACCAACCCUUCCUCCCCUUCGACUCGAUCAGGACUCAGUCAAGCAACCUCUUGGCCACCUCUCUUCCUCUACGCUGGAAUCCUCGCCGCCUCCCUCGCCGCACUCAACGUAGUGCGAGCCGCUCGAACCGACUACAAGCGCAAGUUCUACAUGGAAGCCGACACCAUGAUCAUCAAGUCGCCUCACCCUUUCACCGCCCCGACCCACUACACACUUCCUGAGUUUCUCUUCAAGCCCAUUGAUAUCCCAGCAUGCAAGGAGCGAGCCAACGCUCCCCUCCUCUAUCCUGCUGAUCCCGAAGUGUCAGGCCGUCCCGAUGCCAAGCCUUUCUCGCUGGUCGAGAUCCGCGAAUAUGCCACCAACCUCGCCUCGGCCCUCAUCUCGGGCUCGACAGAGUCCGGUCGCAAGUACACCAAGGGCGAUGUAGUCGGUAUCAACGCUUCCAACCAGCACGACUACCUGGCCUGCGCUCUCGGUGUCAUGAUGACCGGCGCCAGUGUCGCUCUUUUCAACCCCGCUUACAAGCCCGCCGAGAUUGCGCACCAGAUCCGCAUGGUCAAGGCGACGGCCAUCCUCACCACUGAGGCUUUCUACAAGUCCACCCAGGAGGCCGCCGCCGAAGCAGCUCAAAAGGGCGAAGACGGUCUCGAGCAUCUCUCUGCUGUUCCUGAGAUCCUCGUCUUCGAGGAGAGCCACGCUGCCUCCAUCGCAAAGAUCCUCAAGGUCGGAAAGGAUGAGUUGCCAGAGGCCCGAGCUUUGCUGGACAAUGUCAAGCUGGACCCCAAGAACACCACCGCCGUCUUCUGCUUUUCGUCAGGCACCACUGGCGGUCCUAAGGCGGUGAUGCUGUCGCACUACGCCAUGGUUGCCAACGUCAUCCAAUCAUCGUACGCCAUGCUCGAUCGUACCAACGACCCUCUUCUCGACGAAGACAACUGGUAUGCUCACGGUCGCGAGUACCUCAACGGCUACUUUACCACUCGCAUCGCAGAGACUUGGAACACCGCCGCCGACUCGAUCAACACCGUCACCGACAAGCUCGGAGGUGUGCACCUCGCACCGCGUCUAAGCCGUGGCGAGUUCCAUCUGGGCCUCCUUCCCCUCUUCCACUGCUACGGCCUCCUGAUGGGUUUCAUGAACUUGCACACGGCCACACCUUGCAUCGUGCUCCCCAAGUUUGCGCUUGAUGUGUUCCUUUCGACUGUUCAGCACCACCGCGUGACAUUCUGCUUUGUCGUGCCUCCUAUCCUUCUUGCUCUCGCCAAGCACCCCAGUGUCGACAAGUACGACCUGAGCUCGCUGACCAAGGUCAGCUCCGGCGCUGCCUCGCUUGCGGAAGAACUUCGUCUCGCUGUCAAGAAGCGUCUUGGCAUCGAAUCGACCGACGGUUACGGCAUGUCCGAAAUGUCGCCGCUUGUUUGCAGCCAGAACAGUAAGGACCUUGACGAAUACCCAGGCACGGUCGGUCAGCUCAUCCCCGGAACGGAGGCCAAGGUGAUCGGACUCGACGGCAAGGAGGUUGGCUUUGACGAGGAGGGCGAGCUGUGUUUGCGAGGCCCCCAGAUGAUGCAGGGCUACCUCAACAACGACGAGGCCAACGCCAAGACGUUCCUCCCUUCUGUCGACGCACCGGACCGCUUCCUGCGCACGGGCGACAUUGUCAAGGUCAACAAACAGGGCUACGUGACCAUCACGGAUCGCCUCAAGGACGUGAUCAAGUACAACGGCUUCCAGGUGCCCCCCUCGGAGCUCGAGGCGCUCAUGUUCAAGGAAGACCGCGUCGACGACUGCGCUGUGCUCGGCGUCCCCGAUCAGGAGGGCACCGAGCUGCCCUGGGCGUUCGUCGUGCUCAACCCCAAGACCAAGGACGAGAUCGGCGACGACGCGGACAAGAAGCACAAGCUCGAAAAGGAGUUGCUUGAGUUUGUCAACCAGCGCGUCAACGCCAACUACAAAAAGUUGAGAGGCUUGACCUGGCUCGACUCGCUCCCCAAGUCGGCCUCGGGCAAGAUCCUCAAGAAGGACAUCCGCUCUAUGGUCGAGAAGGAAAAGCUCACUGCUCGCAAGUAA